AUGAAGUUCUCGCUCAACGUUAUCCUCGCCGCCUCGGCCAUCUUCACGGGCGCCAUCGCCACCGGCACCCAAGCCGGCCAGGCCGCCUCCAACAAGGCUGCAGCGUCCUCCGGCCAGACAUCGACGUCCUCGGCCAGCGACGUCCUUAGCAGCUGCGUCAGCCAGAUCAAGGUCUACACGGCUAAGAUCAACAGCACCUACUCCGCCCUGCCGAAGUCGCCUUCCUCAGCCCAGCAGAGUACGGCUAUCACCAGUAUCAAGGCCGACCUGAACGACGUCGUCGACAUUAUUACCUCGACCACGACUAAGGUUGGCAAGUGUAGCAAGACUAACGUCGCGCUUCAACCGCUCAUCAACCACUCCGAGGAAAUCCUCUUCGAGGUUUUCGGCACUCUACAGGGCGCCGUUACUAAGAUCGGCUCCAACACCCUCACCCUCCUCGGCAACCCUGUCACCAGCGUCGAAAAUGGGCUCUCCAGCCUCCUGGUUAGCGUUGAGGACGUCCACUCUGGCGUCGUCAAGGUCGCGUGGGGCGCCUGCAACAACAUCAUUUCCAGCCACUUCUCCGGCGUCGCUACUCCAAUCCUUGCCAUCGGCUCCACUCUUAGCAGCGAGUGCAGCUGCACCCACUAG